AUGGCGGCCGAAGACCGCGGACUGAUCGCUAUCACAGGCGCAAACGGUACCAUAGGCUACGCAUCCGCCAUCUACGCCCUCCGCACAGGAUACCGCGUACGCUGCAUAGUCCGCCGCUCAGACGCCAUCGCGACUCUCAAAGCCGGGCCAUCCAUCCAGCGGCACGCGGACCGCGUCGAAUACGCCGUCGUGCCCGACAACACGGCAGACGGUGCAUACGACUCCGCACUCCACGGAGCACGCUAUGUCGUGCACAUAGCAGGCGUGUGGCCGAAACCUGACUAUCAUCCCGACCACGACAUCUACCAUCCGUUUGUCAAGUCGAUGGAGAACAUUCUUUCCGCUGCUGAGAAAGCGGGGACAGUCCGGAGGGUUGUGUUUACGCAGGCUGGUGCUGCGCUUGUGAGUCCCGAGGAUGGGGAUACGCUGGGCACUGCGAUGGAUCGGGUCAUCGACGUGCACCCGCAAUCCGCGUCUUUCCGCCCGCCGCUAGCAUCGUCCCACCACGCCUACUCGGGAGCGAAGGCGUAUUGCAUGACGCACCUCAAGUCUCUUCGAGUAUCCGAAAAUCUCCCAUUCUCAGUUGUACAGGUCAUUCCAGGGACUGUCAUCGGGCCCUCCGAGCUCGUCACCACCGCCUCGGAAGCACUCCAGCGUAUGGACCGCAUGUCGAAAGCGCUGCUUUUUGACGGCAUGAAACCACGCUAUGCGUUUGGCUUUGUGCACGUAGAGGACUGUGCUAGAGUACACAUAGAAGCACUGGAUGAAGAGAAGGUCCCCGAGGGCGAGAUUCCGGACUGGUUCAUUGCAGCUGCGCUGACUGAGAUGGGAAAGAAUGGCGCGGAGAUGUGGGGAGAGGUGGGUGAUGCGGUGGAGAAGGAGUUUCCGCAGGAGGUGGGAAGUGGCGAGUUCAAGGUUGGCAGGGAUAAAAUGCCAAUCAACAUGCCGUUUUCCGUUGAUUCGAGGCUGACGGAGAGGAUGUUGCUUGGUGGAGGGAAGUUUAGGUCCCUGGCGGACUGCGUGAAAGAGGUAGCGCAUUGGUACAAGACUCUAGCAGAGAAGGCAUCACAGAGCUCAUAA